AUGGCCUCCAUUACAACUGCUGGUGAAGCGGUGGCGAGAAUUGCCUACCAAGCCAGCGACGUUGUCUUCUCCGUUCAACCCUCCCUGCGGACGGACUCAUUGUUCUCCAAGUCCCUCAAGUCCUUGAAGGCAAACAAGACUGCAAGCGCCCUGUCAAGGGGUACUCCCGAGGUGCAACCCAUUCGCUACAACGAGGACCCUCUGCUGUCUGCUUUUUACCCGUUACAAAAGGGCGAGACCGUGUCCGUUGUCACCGGCUCAUCAAUCCUGAUUACCUCCGUUCCUCACUUGUACCGUCUCGCCAACUUCCCCAUUGUCAUCCAUGUCGCUCUGGAGCCCUCCCCGUUGCCCGAUUAUUCAGUCAUUAGCUCCAUCCGCCAGUGCGGCUUCACAUUCUUGCACUCCGAGACUAUCCAGGAAGCCCAGGAUAUUGCCAUUACCGCUCAUGCGCUGGCGCUUAAGUCUGGAAAGGGUGUUAUCCACUUCUUUGACCCCGUUAAUUCCGCCAAGGAUCCCGCUAUCACUGCUGUGGAUACCCACAUUGUGAGGGAGAUUCUCAACCUGGGUGGGAAUGUUGCUACUCAUACGUCCACCGGAGCUGAGUCUCUGUAUGCCGACUCUGGCCGCGUUGCCAUUGUCUCCGCCGAUGACCUGGAGGUUGCUCCCGCUGGCCAGGGUGAGACUUCGGCCAACUUGAUGGUGCCCUCCCAGACCCAGACUCCGUUGAACGCUAGCAUUGAAAACUCGUCUGUUGGCUCAUCGCGCCGCGACAGCAGCGCUGGAAGUGAAGCUCCUAGCUCCACAGCUACGACUGUGGACAACGCCGGCGUGCGCCCCGUCAAUGCUGCGGAUAUCUUUGAGUGGACCUCCCAGAUCUGGACUGCCUUGUCGGAGAAGGUUGGCCGUACCUACAACGCCAUUGAAUACACCGGCCCUGCUGAUGCCAAGUCCGCCGUCUUCGUCUUCGGCUCUACUGGUGUAUUUGUUGAUGCCCUCUCUCACGCCGAAGCUAACAGUGAGCUUGCGAAGAUUGGUCUCAUCACUGCUCGCCUGUACCGCCCCUGGGUUGGUGGUCAGAUCGUGAAUUCCAUCCCCAACUCGGUCGAGAAGAUUGCCGUUUUGGAGCAGGUUCGCAAGACCACUAAGUGGGGUCCUUCGUUUAUGGAUCUGCUUUCCAGUGUGACUCCCUCCACCGUCCGUGGCCAGUCUCUCACGGUCGUUGGUUACCGUCUUGGAUACGUGGAGCCCUCCACUGCCGUCCAGGCCCUUCGUGGCGCUCUCCAGAACCUGGAGGCCACGUCUCCCAUCCAGAACCUGGAUAUCGGAAGCUCCAAUGCUCCCACCGCCCAGGAUACCCUCGAGCAGCCCCACAUUGAGAACGCUUAUCUGAAGAUCCUCAACCAGCUCUUCGGUGAGCGCCUUUACAUUGCGAACCAGCUCGGUGCCCAGAACGCCGGUGUCUCCACCACGAUCGCUGCCAGCCCCGAAUAUGGCUUUGGUUCUCUUCUCGCUCGCAAGGAGCACCGUGAGCGUUUCAUUCGUGAGGUUGAGGAGGCCUCCAAGUCCAGCUCCUUUGCCACGGAUGUUCCUAAGACUUGGUUGUCCCGCUGGGCUCUGAGUGCCAAGGAGGCCGCUAAGGCUAACAAGAUCGCCCCCGAUGUCAUUGCCCGCCUAUCUAAUGAUGGUUCUAAGCUGUCCCGCGAUCUACUUCAGUCCAAGAAGCUCUUCUAUGAGGAGUCUCAGUGGCUGAUCGGCUCCGACGCCUGGGCUUACGAUCUGGGCAACUCUGGUGUCCACCACGUCCUCGCCUCCGGUGCCAAUGUCAACAUGUUGAUCAUUGAUUCGCAGCCCUACUCCGAGCGCACUGCCGCCGACCCCACUCGCCGUAAGAAGGACAUUGGUCUCUAUGCAAUGAACUUCGGCAAUGCCUAUGUUGCUUCCACUGCUGUGUACGGCUCCUACACCCAGGUCCUUCAGGCCAUGGCCGAGGCUGAACAGUACAAGGGCCCCUCGGUUGUUGUCGCCUACCUUCCCUACCACCAGGAGGAUGACUCCGCCCUCACUGUUCUCCAGGAGACCAAGAAGGCUAUUGACCUUGGCUACUGGCCUUUGUACCGCUGGAACCCCGAAAACGAGGAGAAGGGCGAACCCAAGUUCGCUUUGGACUCCGAGCGCAUCAAGCGCGAGUUGGAGGAGUUCCUUCGCCGGGACAACCAGCUCACUCAGCUCAUGAACCGCCACCCCAAGUACUCUGCGGUGCUUUCUGAAUCCUACGGAACUGAGGUCCGUGCUCUGCAGAAGCGCAAGGCCAAGGACUCCUACGAGAAACUUUUGGACGGCCUUUUCGGUGCCCCUCUGACCAUUCUAUUUGCGUCCGACAAUGGCAACGCGCAGAACAUCGCCACUCGUCUGGGUAACCGCGGUCGCGCCCGUGGUCUGAAGACCAUGGUCAUGGCCAUGGAUGACUACCCCACUGACGAUCUGGCUACUGAAGAGAACGUUGUGUUCAUCUCCAGUACCGCCGGUCAGGGUGAGUUCCCGGUCAACGGCCGUGGCCUCUGGGAGCACAUCAAGAACUCCGGUGAUCUUGACCUGUCUUCCAUCAACUACUCCGUCUUCGGUCUUGGUGACAGCCACUACUGGCCCCGCAAGGAGGACAAGAUCUACUACAACAAGCCCGCCAAGGACCUCGAUGCCCGUAUUGCCUUCCUGGGUGGUCGCAAGCUGACCGAUAUUGGUCUCGGUGAUGACCAAGACCCCGAUGCCUAUCAGACCGGUUACUCGGAAUGGGAGCCGCGUCUGUGGCAGUCUUUGGGUGUUGAUAAGGUCGAGGGCCUGCCCGAGGAACCCGCUCCGUUGACCAAUGAGGAUAUCAAGAUCCAAUCCAACUUCUUGCGAGGAACUAUUGCUGAGGGUCUUCUGGACGAGUCCACUGGUGCGAUCUCCGCCAGCGACGCGCAGCUGACCAAGUUCCACGGUACUUACAUGCAAGAUGACCGUGAUGUUCGCGAUGAGCGCAAGGCCCAGGGUCUCGAGCCCGCGUACAGCUUCAUGAUCCGUUGCCGUCUUCCUGGUGGUGUUGCUACCCCGAAGCAGUGGCUGCAGAUGGACGCAAUCAGUAGCUCCCACGGUAACGAGACCAUGAAGCUCACUACCCGCCAGACAUUCCAGUUCCACGGUGUUAUCAAGCGCAAGCUUCGUGGCGCUAUGCGUGCAAUUAACCAGUCCCUCAUGGAUACCAUCGCUGCUUGCGGUGAUGUGAACCGUAACGUCAUGUGCAGUUCUCUUCCCACGCUGUCCGACUUCCACCGCGAGACUUGGGCGUUCUCCAAGAAGAUCAGUGAACAUCUUCUUCCUUCCACCACAGCCUACCACGAGAUCUGGCUGAAGGAUGAGAACGACAAGAAGAUCCAGGUUGGUGGCGAUGCCGUUGUCGACUUCGAGCCUCUCUACGGUCCCACCUACUUGCCCCGGAAGUUCAAGAUCACCAUUGCCAUCCCCCCCUCACAACGACACUGA